AUGUUUCGUAUCGGCGUCGAUCAUUGUUAUGAUGACGAACUGACAAGUACUAGCACCCGGCCAGCGCGGAAAACAACAACUACUCCCGAGGCGACUACGCAGUCAAUAACAACUGCUGCAACUACGACGGCUGCAGCAACUACUUCAAAGACUUCAAGUUCAUCUUCUUCGUCUCUGAUGAGUACAACCGUUGAAGUAAAGACUACGACGGAAGAAGAAGUAAAGACUACGACGGAAGAAGAAGUAAUGACGACGACGGAAGAAGUAGUAAAGACGACGACUCAGGAAGCUAAAUCAAACAAUACAGAAACUACAAUCGUUUUUACGACUCCCUCUUCGACUACAAGUUCCACGAAUACCACAAAAGCUUCUCCGAUUGAAGAGACAACUUCCACGAGUCCGAUUGAUAAUGUGCCUGAGUCAUCGAAUUCCUCAACUGAAACUCUCCCACCAGAUUUUUCUCCGCUGAAAAAAAAUUUGUUGUUCAGCGCGCUCACUUUCGCUUUACGAUUCACGGUGUUUACGGCGUUCGUUUGCGUGAUUCGGCAGUGGUAUUUGGUGUUCUCUAAUCGCGACCUAGCCGAUGCAAGCUUUACCGCUCGAUUCAAGGCCGCGACCAGUUUUGUUCUUCGGGAAUUACUCUGUCUGCGUUUGUUUGAAAAACGGAAAAUGGUCUACAACGUUAGCUACUCUCGUGGUGUGAUCCCUGGAGCUUGCGCUUCGACAACUAGGCCUGGCGAAAAUUUUACUUCCACGCAACCGCCUGGAUAUAUACCUGGCAGAAGAACUAUUCAACAACCUCCUGCGGUCAAUUCAUCUAGAGCUGACUCAGUCGUUUAUUAUGAUGAAACUGUAUCCUUGGAAGAGGCCCGCCGUAGAACUUACGAGUCUAGCCUCAAUUUCGGAAUCGAAAAAGAGCGCGUUGAUCAAAUUUUCCGCAAGGCUCCAGUCCAAGAUGAUCACAUCUCCCAUCCGUGUCCAGCUGGUCAGCAGAAAACAGCUUCUGAAGAAAUUGUUGUAAUCCCUCAAGAUCACGAUCAGGAAAACGAUGACAAUGAAGAUGAGGGAACAGAACCGAUUGCAAGUGACGUAUUUUUACCAAAGCCAAAAUCGAAAGAUGAAAAUGUCGACAAGUCGAAAUUUGCGCGCGUCAAAGACUUUAUGGCAAGAUCGAUUUCUCCAUUCAACAAGAAAAAGAAUAGAAAAAAGAAGGCGAUUUCUAAAAGUAAUGACGCUUUUAAACUCAGCAUUGGAUCUUCUGACGACGAACAGACAGAAGAUGAAGAAAAAUUUUCCGGUAGCAUUGUUAGUCAAACACCCGCUACCCCAGAAAAAGAAAAUCUUCCUAAUUUGGUUGAUGAAGACAUGCCAUCGGGAGAAGUGAACAACAACAGCGAGAGUAAAGAAGAGUUCUCCGAACGAGAGGUUGAUCUUAAACUCGAUAAAUCAACCUUCUCACGCUUCCAUAAAACUCGUCGAACACAGCGUAAUAUCUGCUCUCCUCGACUUGCUCAUCGUCCCCUUCACGAGUCUCCGCUUAUUCAGUCAUUUUCGCGAACAGACAAUGUGCGAAAUGAAUCCUGUAUCAAAACGGAAGCAAAGCCACACGAUGAUGAGAAGAAAGGUGAUGACGCCGAGAAGCUGAAGAACUCCUGCGGAUUCAAGAACAACAAAGACCUCGCGACUCCAAAGCUUUUCAACUUUUACGCAAGUAUGAUCAUCAACGUCCAGCAAAUCAAGCCAGAGUCAACUAACAAAAAGACAAUGCGCCGUCUCCGCAAGUUUCUGCGAAAAACUUUCUUGGUCAAAACUUUGCGAUACCCUAUUGGGGAAAUCGAACGAGGCCUCAACGUCGAUUCUGAUAUUGACCAACGACCUGGUGCUAUUGAUUCUGCUGCUGUUCGUUAUCUUACCCGCGUCAGAAACCCAUAUGCUCCUGAAGAUGAACCCGACUCGCUGAUGACUCGCAUGAGCGAGGAAGAGUUGAGAUACGCCACUAUAAGACGCUCUUAUUCUUUCCGAUACAAGUACUCCAACAACUAUAUUUUCCCUUUGUAA